AUGCCCACCAGGCCUGGUGGCUGGAGUCGUAGUGGGUCGCGUGAAGUGAAAAUCCAGACACUCUCGAAAGGGUCCAAGCUGAGAGAGGACGAUUUUAUGAAAUGCGUGGCCCACUGGUUGUUGCAGAAACAAAUUGUCCUCUCAUUCCAGCUCAUUACUAUCCUUCUUCUCAUUCAUCUUUGGGUACCCAGCCUAGGGCCAUAUAUGUCGAAAUUCUUUACGCUGUCGUACUAUAACCACAGCUCCGAGAAGUAUGGGAUUGGAUAUAAUGAUUUCUAUUUCAUAGCUUUCUCGAUUAUACUGCUCACGGGGCUGAGAGCCAGUUGUAUGAAGUACAUUCUUGCUCCGCUUAGCCGGCGAUGGGGGGUAUCAAGAGCCAAGGAUGCCACCCGAUUUGUGGAGCAAGGAUGGACGGUCAUGUACUACAACAUGGUCUGGCCAUUAGACAUGUACCUUUACUACAAGUCAUCAUAUUUCCUCAACAUGGCGGAGCUGUGGACCGAAUGGCCCCAGCGGGAACUAGAUGGGUUGGUCAAGGCGUAUUACCUGGGCCAAUGGUUUUUCUGGAUUCAGCAGGUGCUGGUAAUCAACAUUGAGGACCGUCGGAAGGACUAUUGGCAAAUGCUAACGCAUCAAUUUGUAACUAUCGGCCUCAUGACAGCUUCGUACGCCUAUCACCUGACGAAUUUCGGACACUUGAUUCUAGUGCUUAUGGACGUGAUUGAUCUUUUCCUUCCACUAGCGAAAUGCCUGAAGUAUCUCGGCUUCACCACCAUCUGCGAUGUCCUGCUCGGGUGUUUCAUUGUCCUGCCGGCUGCUGUCGGGGAACUGCAGAGGAUCUUCAAGAACCACUUCCAGUCCCAGAUGACUGGUCGCAUUUGA